CGUUUCUAGCCCAUCGAUGCCCCUCGUCAUCGAAAGUUCACCUUGUGUCAAUGGCCUCGAUGGAGUCGUCUCCUGCAUCUGCAGAGCGGCCCAACGACGCUCAGGACGCCUCUCCAUCCGAAGAUGAAGUGCACGUCCGUCAACUGUUGCGCGACCUUCAUGUGGACACGGGCGAUGUGGUGUUGUUCGACCGCAAAUGCUCGUCGAUGGGACUCUACGGCGGCGCUAUCUGCGUGUGCGCAAAGUUCUUCGGUCAAACGCAAUGGGACCACAACGGUGUUGUGGUGCGGGCUCCGUCACUAGCUCCCAACGCCAAGUCGCCCGAAGACGAGCUGUUCCUGUUGGAAGCAGCACUCACAGGCGUCAAACUACGUCCACUAGUGGCGCGCGUGCUGCUCAGUCGCGGUCACGAAGUCGCAGUGCGCAAACUGCAGGUGGAUCGAACGUCAGAGCUACAAAAUAAGGCCCUGCAAUUCGCUUUAAACAGUCUGAAUGCUCCGUACGAGGACAAUCCCGCUAGAUUCUUCAAUGCCGGCGUAUCAGUGCCUACCAGGAUCGCUCGUGAACGGAUCUUCGCGGCUCUGGUAGCUACUAAGAAGGAGCUCGCGAGACUGGAUACAGAGCUAGCACACAGAGACAAGAUGCCGGUGUUCGAGAAGAAAGCUCUAUUGCAGGAGAGAGAGACCGUGAAUGAACGGUAUCAAGCACUUGGAGCGGAACUGAGAGGCAGGGAACGCUCAGUGUUUGAGAACGCAGUAGUGGAAGGAGAAUCAGUGAAGACGACCAAAAUGUUCUGCUCGCAAUUGGUGGCAGGGAUGUAUCAGCACUUGGGAUUGUUGCUACCGUACCCGUCUGCGAACUCAUAUUUGCCCAAACACUUUAGUGAUCGCGAUGGUGGAUAUUUUCUGAAGUUGCAGCAAGGAGCGAGUUUUUUACCGGAGAUUUCCAUGAGGAAAGAGCUGGAUAAAAUGACGGAGAGAUAUGCGACGCGAGUACAAGAAGCCAAGGAGAGAGGACCGCGUACUGGUUCAGAGACGGCGGCUAUUGUGCACUGCUUACGUCGCCAUCAGUUGUUCCACACGCUGAGCGAGCCAGAACUUUUAUCAGCAGCGUCACAAUUCCGACGCCGUGUACUGGCCAAAGGAGAAGUGGUUUUCUACCAAGGAGCACCUGGUGACUGCUUCUAUAUCAUUGAACGUGGAGAUUGCGACGUAUUCGUAGACUACGACCACCUCUUGAAGACCCAGACAGCUCUCCAUGCAGCAGACUCUGAGAAUUCUCCGAAUCCAGAGCUCCAACGCCGUAUCCAGUUACGUAAACGCAAGACGAUCGCUCUGCCUGAGUUCAAGUCGUCGUCGAGUCUCGUAGGCAAGAACGAACGUGUCCAUGUGGCUACAAAUGGCCCUGGUAACGCAUUUGGAGAAUCAGCGCUGAUCUACGACACCCCGCGACGUGCUACGAUCCAGGCUAGCACCACCAACUCGAGUGAUGAAGAAGCUGUGGUGUUGUGGCAACUGGACAAGCGUACGUUCCGGGAGAUCCUGGCGGGACAUCCAGGUAGUCAACAAUCACUGGAAGAGCGUCGAUUCUUGCUUGAAGCAUUGGAAGAUCAUCCAUUAUUUACUGAACUUGAUGAUCGAGCGAAAGCUCUGGCUGUACGCAAGUGUUUCCCACUGAGUGUGCGUGCUGGAACGACAAUUUUACGGCAAGGAGAUCCAGGCGACUACUUCUACCUGGUUGAAAGCGGUCGAUGUGAAGUGUCACGUCGUAAACCAAAAGCGACCAAGCCUUUCGUGGAUCGAGUCAUUGGUCGUGGUGCCAGUUUCGGGGAAGCUGCGUUGCUGUACAAUAGCCGUCGAGGCGCCUCAGUGAAAGCGCUGGAAGAUGCCAAGAUCUGGUGUAUGGAUCGCGCCAGCUUCCUCACGAUCACACGCAGUGGCUCUACUGCACUUCACAAACUGUUCAAGAAAGUGGGCACUACUGUCGUCUCUGGAUCCAGCGAGAGUUUUGCUACUGAACGAGAUCUACGUCGAAUGCUGACUGACCCACAGCAGGUGCAGUUAGUGAGACAUAGUGCCAACGAAGACGAAGAUGAUGAUGAUCUUGGAAGACCAGCGUUACAUCCUGCAUCGCUGCCACCACCGCAGGCUUACGAUCGUGCAGUCCAGCUGGCGUUGGCACUUUUGCUUAAUGAUUCAUCCGGACUCGUCAAUUUCUCCCAGUUUGCUCACUUCCACAUUGCAUUAGGCGCUUCAAACAUCGACCAACUCCUUCCAGAAGCUGUUUUCCGUGUGUUGAAGUCGAUGACAGACUCGUAUGAUGGUGGGAACACUCGCGUACCGACUGCAUCGCUCUUCGAUCAGGACGAUGUAGACCAAGCCGCAAUCAAGUUGAAUGAUCUCCCUCGUGCCAUUCAGCAGUGGGUAUCCACGAGUAAGACUUCGAUGGCUACACCCGUUCAAAUGACGCCUGGUCAAUUAGCGUUCUACGAGCGCUUGUUCGACUUGCCAGCACAUAAACUUGGCGAUCAAUAUGUGACUCACGAUGACCUGGUACGUGGAAUAGCAGCGUUCGAAGUGGAGGACGUUCGCUCGCAAAGUGAUCAAGAUGACGACCACCCUCAAUCCGAAGACGUGACGGCGGCAAAGGAGGAAUUCCGCACUUUCCUGACCGCUCUGAAGGCGGAUAUUGAUGCGCUGCGUACCAUUUGGCGAGCCGCUGAGUUGCAAGCGCACGGUGGGGACCACCUUAAUAUGACUCGUGACCAGGAAAGACUCACGUUCGAUGCAAAUCUCAAAUCUGGAUGGAUCUCAGCUCUUCGUCAGAAUCCUACGGGUGGUGACUGGGAAUAUCUGCAGCCGGAGAUGGAAGACACUCGAAGCAAGGCGUACAAUACGAUCAACGCUAAUCUACGAAGACAGCAACUGAGUGCGCAGAUCACGUCGUUUGCCGCUGCCAUUGCGGCUGGUGCCCUAGCACGUACCGUGUGUGCACCUCUGGAGCGCUUGAAGAUGUUGAUGCAGCUAUCUACUCCGAAGCCAACGUCUGCAGCAGCGACCGUGAACCUUUUGUCUGGUACGGGUCCAUACACGUCCUUAACGAGAGGCUUUCUGAACAUGGUGAAGCUCAGCGGACCACGCAGUUUGUUCAGUGGAAAUCUCGCGCACUGUAUCUGGGUGGUGCCUUCUGUCCCUACAAAGGUUAUUCUGUGUCACGUCUACCAAGAGCAACUUGCUCGUAUGCUUCCCGAGUCUACGUCGCCUUUUGGACAUAACCCGCGAGUGUCAGCCAGUAUGGCCAAUCUCGCUGUUGGAGGCCUCGCUGGAUUGACGCUCAACUGCUUGUUCUACCCACUGGACGUCAUUCGUGGCCGGCUGACCGUACAGCAAUACUAUAACGCUAACCGUCCUUCGAGUGGCAUUCUGAACUGCGCUCGCUCGAUCAGUGACAAGGAAGGGCUGCGAGGGUUCUAUCGAGGCUUCGUGUCUGCGAGUCUGGGUGUCUUCACGUACAUCGGCUGCAACUUUGCUCUGUACGAAUCAUUACGCCCAGUUUUCGUACUCUACGACACGGAAGACACGAGCAAUCAGCUUGGCCAUCCCAGUGUACCUGGUCAGAUUCUGUGCGCCACCACGGCGUCGCUCGCGUCACAGUGCAUUUCGUACCCAUUCGACGUUAUUCGGCGACGUGUGCAGCUGCAGGGCGCCAAGUGGCAUCCAGAGCUCGCGUUCCCGACGUAUGAAAGUGCGUGGCACUGUGUACGAGCAUCUGUAGCGGAGGAAGGCGGGGGUGUACGGGGACUACGCUCGCUGUAUCGCGGUUUGUUCGUGAACGCCGUCAAGGCGCUGCCAUCCACUGUAAUCUCCUUCCUCAGCUACGAGAAGCUGCGCGAAAUGAAACACAAUGCUUAAGACGAUUAGAGAAGCUAAUGAGAAUUUGGCAAUAGAUUUUUUCAAAUUCA